AUGAAGAGAGGACAUGUAUUGGCAGUGCCAUAUCCAACACAAGGACACAUUACUCCAAUCCGUCAGUUCUGCAAGCGUCUUCAAUCGAAAGGUCUCAAAACCACUCUCACCCUCACAACUUUCAUCUUCAACUCCAUCAAACCUGACCCCUCUGGUCCAAUCUCCAUAGCCACUUUCUCAGACGGCUACGACCAAGGCCGCUUCAACUCAGCUGAUCCCAUCCACGUCUACCUCCAAAACUUCAAAAUCUUCGGAUCCAAAACCAUUGCCGACAUCAUCCGCAAGCACCAGACUACUGAUAACCCCAUCACUUGUCUCGUCUACGAUGCUUUCUUGCCUUGGGCACUCGACGUUGCCAGAGAGUUUGGUUUAGCUGCGGCUCCUUUCUUUACGCAGUCUUGUCCUGUUAACUACGUUUAUUAUCUUUCCUACCUAAACAAUGGAAGCUUGGACCUUCCCGUUGAGGAAUUGCCUUUUCUUGAGCUUCAAGAUGUGCCUUCUUUCAUCUCUGUUUCUGGAUCUUACCCUGCUUUCUUUGACAUGCUGCUUCAACAGUUUACAAACUUCGAGAAAGCUGAUUUCGUACUCGUUAAUACCUUCCAAGAGCUGGACCUUCAUGAGAAGGAACUGUUGUCAAAUGUUUGUCCUGUGUUGACAAUUGGUCCGACUGUUCCAUCAAUGUACUUAGACCAACGGAUCAAAUCAGACACCGACUACGACAUGAACCUAUUUGACUCGGAAGAUGGCAUCAUAUGCUCUAAGUGGCUCAGAUACGAGGCCACAAGGGUCAGUGGUGUAUGUAGCAUUUGGGAGCUUAGCUGA